AUGGACUAAUGGGUCAUAGCAGGCUGCAAGAGAAGCCAGGUGGAAGCUCUCCCCUGGGAUUGAUGGACUGUUGACAGACUUUCUCCUGAUGCUUUUCUCUGACAUGGUUGUUUCUUCUCUCCAUGGUCGUGGUGGGACACAGUAAGGACAGUAAAGGUGACAAAAUGCCACUCGCCAAAACCAAGAAGAGGAAGUCAAAGAAGGAGGCGAAUGAUGUGGAGGAGCCAGAAGUGGGCAUGGAGCACGGUAUAGAGAUGGAGGGCCUUGCCAACCGCAGGCAGUCUGAGAUCAGAGAUCCCCUCACCCCAGAGCCGCAGGACGUCCCACCACAGAAGAGGAAGAAGAAAAAGAAGGCCCAGACUCCAGACCUGGAGGGGGAGCAACCUGACAUGACGAACGGAGAUGUGGUGGAGGCACACACAGACGAAGAAGUGACGAAGAAGAGCAAGAGGAAAAAGAAGCCCAAGUUAGCGGAGAUGCACUACACCAACGACCUGGGAGUGGAGGAUGAUGACAUCAUCACUGAUCAAUCCCCUAUCCCCCAGCAUUCCCUGUUCUCCGCCCCUCUGGGCCAUAGCCAGCCUGUCGGCAAGGUGUUUGUGGAGAGGAACAGGCGUUUUCAGGCCGCAGAGAGGGUGGACCUUCCCAGGCACACUGAGCACAUGGACCAGAUAGACUACAUGGAUGUCCGGCCCAUGUGGACCACCAGGGACGUAGCCAUGAGGGUACAUAGUGGCUUCAGGGUCAUUGGGCUGUUCUCCCAUGGGUUUCUGGCAGGCUAUGCAGUGUGGAACAUCAUUGUGGUGUACGUGUUAGCUGGGGAGCAGCUGACCACUCUCCCUAACCUGCUGCAACAGUAUCACCCCCUGGCUUACCCCGCCCAGUCCCUGCUCUACCUGUUGCUGGCCAUCAGCACUGUCUCUGCCUUUGACAGGGUGAACCUGGCAAAGGCCUCCAUGGCUCUCAGAGGCUUUCUCACAAUGGACCCUGCUGCUCUUGCCUCCUUCUUGUACUUCAUAGCACUGAUCCUGUCCCUAAGCCAACAGAUGACCAGUGACAGGAUCAACCUUUACCCCAGUGCUAAUGAGACUCUAUGGCCCCCUGGGUCAGAGCACCAGAUCCUGCAGCCCUGGAUUGUGGUCAACCUUGUGGUGGCUCUGCUAGUGGGCCUGGCAUGGGUCUUUGUCUCCACCAGGCCUGACAUGGACUACACUGAGGAAUUUCUGAUGGCGAUGGAAUUGGAAGAAUACCCUAGACAUGACGAGAGACUGGACCUUCCAGCCUGAACCCCUAUGUUCCUUCUGAUGUUUCUACUGUAUGUACUGUUUGUGUUGGCAACAUUGUCGUCUUAUUCACUGUUUUAAAUAUUUGAUUUUUUGUAUCAUACAUACCAUAGCUUUUUGGUAUCACAU